UCACUCCCUCACUGCCUGCGCUUCCAACGCUCACACACGACCGCUCGCGCGCGUUUCAGCGACUCCGACUGACUGUGUGAGCGAGCGAGCGCGCGCUGUCCUGCUUGCUGCUGCACUGAGGCUCUGAGGCGGUGCUGCUGAGGCUUUUGCUUGCUCCUCGAGCUCAGGACGCGAGAGAGCAAGCGCGCGAGCCAGCGUGCGUGUGUGCGUGCGAGGUAGAGAGAGAGAGAGCGCGCGCGCUCGCUCGCGAAGGAGAGAGAGAGAAAGAGAGAGAGACUCAGAGCUGAGACUUAGCUAGAGCAGCUGGGAGGGGGAGAGAAAAGGAAGAUUACGAAGAAGAAGAAGGGAAAAAGAGAACAAGAAAAAGAAGAAGGUGAAGAAGCAGCUGGAGGAGAAGUAGGAGGAGAAACAGAACACGAAAAUAACGGGAGAAAAAGAAGGGGGAAAAAAGAAGGAGAGAAGAGAGAAGAAGAGUGCUGCGUUUCUUUUCUCCAAGCACUGACUGCGCAUCCGGCUCUCUCAUCAUCAGCACGCGGGUGGAGAACAGGAACAGUACCAGGACAGGGACCAGGAGAAGCAUCAAGCAUCAUGUUUGGGGGGCUCGUGUGCGUCCUCGGCUUGCUCAUCAGCGGCAGUGCAGGUGACCUCCAGGUGUCCAUCUCUCUGAAGAAGGUAGAGCUGAGCGUGGGAGAGUCCAAGUUCUUCACAUGCACAGCAAUCGGAGAGCCAGUGAGUCUAGACUGGUACAACCCUCAGGGUGAGCGUAUGGUGCCGUCCCCUCGCGUCGCUCUACACAAUGAAGGCGUGCGCUCCAGACUCACCCUCUACAACGCCAACGUAGAGGACGCCGGCAUUUACCGCUGCCAGGCCACCGAUGCACAGGGACAGACACAGGAAGCCACCGUGGUGCUGGAGAUCUACCAGAAGUUAACCUUCAGGGACGUUCCCUCACCGCAGGAGUUUCGUCAGGGCGACGUGGCUGAAGUAGUGUGUGAUGUCACCAGCUCACCCGUGCCGGUGAUCGCAUGGUACUACAACAACAUGGAGAUCUUUGAGGACACUGAGAAGUUCCAGCUCCUAUCCAAUAACAACCUGCAGGUCCAGAGAGUGACUAAAGCAGAUGAAGGUGUGUACCGCUGCGAGGCCAGAGUGGAGGCCAGAGGCGAGAUCGACUUCAGGGACAUCAUCCUGGUGGUCAAUGUUCCACCAGUGCUGUCCGUGCCCCAGCAGUCCUUCAAUGCGACAGCGGACUAUGGCGAAUCGGUGACAUUCACCUGCAGGGCCUAUGGCUCUCCUGAACCAGACGUUACCUGGCACAGGAAAGGAGUGGAGCUGCAGGAGUCGGAGCAGUACGUAAUGAGGGCGCGAGGUACCACUCUUACCAUCCGGAACAUUAAACAAGAUGACGGCGGCUCCUACACCUGCAAAGCCUCUAACAAGGCAGGCGAAGUGCAGCAGGAGAUCGUUCUGAAAGUAUUUGUUCAACCACACAUCACCAAACUGAGGAAUGUGACGGCAGUGGAGGGCAGUGCUGCUAUGAUCUCCUGUAAGGCUGAGGGUGAACCACUGCCCGAUAUUUCCUGGAGGAGAGCCAGCGAUGGAUACAGCUUCUCAGAUGGAGACAAGAGCCCAGACGGGCGUGUGGAGGUGCGUGGGCGUCGUGGUGAGUCCAUGCUGACCAUUGUGGGCGUGGGGCUGUCUGAUUGGGGCCGUUUUGACUGCGAGGCUCUCAGCAGGAUUGGAGGACAUCAGAAGAGCAUGUUCCUGGAUAUUGAGUAUGCACCCAAGUUCCAGACCAAUCACACCAUAUUUUUCUCAUGGGAGGGGAACCCGGUCAACAUCAGCUGCGAUGUCAUGUCCAAUCCUCCAGCUACGAUGCUGUGGAGGCGAGACAAGCUGACCAUUCCCACAGAGGGCACGGCCAACAUGCGCGUGCACAACGCUCCGGGCAGGUCCCUGCUGGAGGUCACUCCCAUGUCAGACCGGGAUUUUGGACGCUACAACUGUACAGCCAGGAACAACAUUGGCAUGCGCUUCCAAGAGUUCAUCUUGGCUCAGGCAGAUGUGCCCUCCAACCCGUACUCUGUGCGCCUCAGCUCCAUAGCUCAGCGCACAGCAACAGUUACCUUCAUGAAGCCAGACUCCCACGGUGGAGUUCCCAUUGACCACUACUUGGUCAGAUACAAAGACAUCAGCUCGCACGACUGGAGAGACGUGCAGUCACACGGAACACACACGAUAGUGCUGCUCACUAACCUUGAGCCCAACACUACUUACGAAGUACGAGUGGCAGCCGUGAACGGAAAAGGCCAAGGCGAGUUCAGUCGCACGGAGAGCUUCCAAACGCUGCCCAUCCGAGAGCCGAGUCCACCCUCAGUGCAGGGCCAGAGAGGAGUUGGAAAGGCCUACAGGCUCGGCCUUGUCAAACAGGACGAUGGAGGGAUGCCGAUCCUGGAGUACAUCGUCAAAUACAAAACAGACAAAGAGGAACAAUGGAUGACCAAGCUGGUUCCAGGUUUAAAUGACUUUGUGGUGCUGCAGCCUCUCCAGUGGAACACACAGUAUGAGGUGGAGAUCACCGCCCGCAACGUCAAAGGCCUGUCAGAGCCCACAUUCGUCAAAUUCUCCAUGCCACAGAAACCAGACAUCACAGAUCAGUGUUGUGAGCCCCCUGCAACUGGACAUGGACAUCCCUCCCCACACCUCACCCAAGCAGCAGCAGCGGCGGCGGUGUUAAUCGGAGCUACACUCUCACUCGCCCUGCAUUUGUGUGUGUGUUGAUGUCCCUCCAUCAGACCACCCUGCAGAAAAAAGACUGAAACAGGGACUUUUUUUUACCUGCUCCCCAAUUCCUCAACUCCCCAACUCCUCAACUCCCCAGGGCCUGACUCUGACUCUUAGCUAUGCCAGCUCAUUGCACCCGUCCGUCUCCAGCAGAUUUCCUCCCUCCCGACUCCCAGAUGGCACUGACUGACCUGCACUGCCUCAGAGUCAAUCUGUUUUAUUUUUUUAUUUUAUUUAAUUUUUUUCACUGUGUUACACACCACUACCACCACCAUCUCUUACUAUAACUGGACCCUUCUGUAGAUGUUCUUAUCGGUACAACUUUAACAUAAGACUACCUUUAUAAAGGGUUUAUUAAUAUUUAUAAAUUAGGUUGCAAAUACUUUAAAACCCGUUAAUAAGCUGUUAAUAAAUAUACAACAACACAAAUAAAAAUGGCAACAGUGAGCUAAUUUGCAAAAUAGUGAUUCCACACUCAUUUCUACUGUCAAAUCUCCGAUCUUUCUAGAUACUGAUCUUACUUUGUGUUUUCCAUCAAUCAUUACAUUACGCUACAUUACAUUACAUUUGGCAGACGCUUUUGUCCAAAGCGACUUACAAAAGUCAAGUGAGAAAGUAAUAGAAAUUAAGUUAAACCAUUUUAGAUAGGGCUUAAAGGAGGUCGAAGGGAAGUAAAGGGAUAGAGAAGUGAAGGAGGGGAAGAAGGAAAUGCGGUUAGAAGUAGUUAGUGUGUUAGAGGUGUUAGGAGAGUAAGUGCUCUUUGAAGAGCUCUGUCUUCAGGAGUUUAUUAAAGAUAGUGAGAGAUUCUCCUGAUCUGGUAGUAGAAGGUAGUUAGUUAGAGGUGUUAGAAGAGUUAGUGCUCUUUGAAGAGCUCUGUCUUCAGGAGUUUAUUAAAGAUAGUGAGAGAUUCUCCUGAUCUGGUAGUAGAAGGUAGUUAGUUAGAGGUGUUAGGAGAGUAAGUGCUCUUUGAAGAGCUCUGUCUUCAGGAGUUUAUUAAAGAUAGCGAGAGAUUCUCCUGAUCUGGUAGUAGAAGGUAGUUUGUUCCACCAUUGGGGAACUCUGUAUCAGAACAAGCAUCAGCAUUUAAACCAGUCAUAUUAUUAUAUAUUUAUAAUUAUGUUUAACUAUUUACUAUAAAUUAAAAGACUUAGUUGAAUUAAAUGACUAAGUAAACAACAAAUCACUGAUUCCUUUUUAAUUGAUGUGUUGUAACUCCUUAUCAAAGGUUUUUAAGGAAUCUACAACCUAAUCAAUAAUAAAUUAAUUAAUAAUCUAAUUUAUAAAACAUUUUUAAACCCUUUAUGAGGGUAGUCUUAUUUUUAAAGUGGUACCUUCUUAUCUAUAAAGGUCAAAAAAGGGGUUCUUUAGAACAAUGCCAUAGAAAUUAAAUAGAGUUUAAAGCCUAAACCUAAUUUAAGCAACCUUUCAGAAGUUCCUGGAUCCCUGGAAUUCGCUGGAUCAGACGCACCAGCUUUCAGAUUUCAGUCAAUGCAGAAAAUUCUGUACUGUUGCAUUUUAAUUCUAGAUAUGUUUGACAUUGAAGCAGGCACAGAUAGGUCCAUCAGUCUAAAGCGCUGCCGUGCCACUCCAUGAUCAGAAGAUCACCUGUUCGAAUCCUGUUUAUGUAGCUUGCCAUCAGCUGCCAGAGCCCCCAAGAGAGAGCACAGUUGGCCUUGCUCUCUCUCUGAGUGGGUACAGUAGAUGGCGCUCUUUUCACUCAUCAAUCCAAAGGGUGAUGUGGAUCAGCACAAGGCGUCUGUGAGCUGAUGUAUUAGAACCGAGUCAGUGCUUUCCUCCGAGAGCACUGUAAUGCGCCUCAGAAAAGAGGUGGAGUCUGACUUCACAUGUAUCAGAGGAGGCAUGUGCUAGUCUUCACCCUCCUGGUGUUAAGGCAUCACUAGUGAUAGAGGGAGCCCUAAUAAGUGAGUUAGGGAGAACAGUUUGAUAAAAAUUGCGAUACAAAAAGUACAAUACAAUUAAAAAGCCAUAAUUGAUUGUUUAAAACAAUUAUUGAAGAGCACAGACACUGUUCCUGUGAAAUUAUCGGUAGUUGGUACAUAAAAGUUUGAUCAUAGUUGGUACAUAGUCUAAAAAGUUUGAGAUUCACUCAUUUAACUGCUUUAGCUAUGAUAUAUUUGUGUGGGUCUAUGUUCCAACUUCUGUCAUAAUUCAAAUACUGUAUGGACAAUUUUCCAAUUCACUUGAGUUCUUACUUUUCACUGCAGUUUUACCCUUUUAGCGCAUUUACAGUGGCUUAAAAGCUUAUUACACUUAAAAACAAUAGUCAAAUAGCAGACAUACUUGUAGGAUGAAGAGCCAUUUGGGCACUUAAAGCUAUCAAAGAUAGCUUAAAAAAAAAAAAACAUAUUUUCUUGGACAUCUUAAUUGUAAGGGUGAUAAAAAUGCUCCAACUUUUAUACCUAAACAUAUUGUGGAACAUUUAUUCACUACUGACUUGUUUUAAAGCAGAAUUUAUCCUUUUUUUUACAGUUAUUCAAACAGAGCUUGUUUGACUAAACAGGAUCAAUGUCUGAUGCACACAGAGAUUGCUGUUCUCUCUUUUUUUUUUGGUCCAUUUAUUUUGUGGCGUCCCACAGGGUUCUAUUGUAGGGUCUAUGAGAUUGAUUAAUUAUAAAAUUGCUAAUUAUUAGAGUGCUGCAGCUAUGAGGGUGACGAAUUGAAUUGCAGGUAUUUGUAGAGUUUAAGUAGUUUAAGAGAUGAAAUGGCCAUCUAUUGAAGCAUUACUGAAAAAAUAAAUACAAAAUAAAUAAACAAAUAAAAGUGGUUAUUCUGUGGCAUUGCUCCAAACAACACUUUUAGCACCUUUAUCUUUCUGGAGUGGAGAAAAAAGGUUUUCCGCCGCACUGAAAAGCUCAAAGUGUAACCACUUUGUGUAAUUGCAGGAUUACCUCUUGCCUCAGGCUACAGACACAGUGUAAAAUUUUUGAUGAACUCUUGUGCUUAUAUGUCUGAUAAACACACAAACAGAAACACACACAAACAGAAACACACACACACACACACACAAAGAGAGCUACAGAUUUAAGGACUUUGGCACUACCUGGCAUCUUGAGUUUGUUUAUUGUUUUUUCAUGACCAUGGAAAAUGCCAGCAGUUGAAUCGCUUGAGCGAGUGCAUUUAAUGAUGUUGCAGAUUCACGCACACGCACACACACACACACACACACACACACACGGCUACAACACAGCACUCAUUAAACUGAGUCAAGUAGGAUUUCAAGUACAUCUGACUUCUGUGCACUGGUCUCAUAAAUCACACUGGGCCUCUUUCUUUCUAACCUUAAUAAGAUUUACAUUAACGGGGGUCUUUCCCUUUAAUAAUAUCAAAAUGUAAUGGCGUACAAAUUGGUUUUUAUUCUCUGUAUGAAGCUUUAGCUAGGGGGCAGUCA